AUGGAGAAGAGCAACCAGCUAGUCUCUACCGACACCAAGAGUGAGAUGGCUUCAGACACUCCGCCUGACCAUCGAGAGAUCGCUGUGCCAGUCCUUGACGCCGCGCAGAUCUACGAAAAUGAGGAGGUGGAGCCAGAGUUCCAUGUCCGUACAUGGGUGGCACUCGUGGCCAUGUGGCUUCUGUCCUACGUCACGACGAUUGCUCUCUUCGGUCCUUCCACAGUCGUUACGAAUAUCGCACAAAAUUUGGACGGCACUGGCGAGCAGACUUGGAUCCCAAACUCUUUGUCAGUCGCUGCAGCGCUCCUGGGCCCUCUGUUCUCCUCGGCGUCGGAUGUUUUCCAGGCCCGCAAGCAGAUCCUGCUGGUGACCUGCACGAUCGCGUUCAUCGGUUCCGGCAUUGCACCAGGGGCACAGACUAUGGGCCGACUCAUUGCCGCCCAGGUGGUCAUCGGUGUAGGUUACGCAUCACUCCCUCUGGGAUACGCCAUUCCUAGCGAGAUCUUGCCGAGGAGAUGGAGACCGAUCGCACAAGCGCUCAUGAAUACCGCAGCUGGAUCUGCGACAAUCUCGGGUCCUCUCAUGAUAGGGGCAUUGGUUAGAAAUAAUCCCGUGGAUGGAUGGCGCUACUACUACUGGUUUGAAAUGGGGCUCUGGGGUCUUUGUGUACUCGCUCUCUUCUUUGGCUAUCAGCCACCAAAAAGAAACACCGCGAUGGAUCACUUGUCGUUCUGGCAAAAACUGCAAAAGCUCGACUGGAUCGGCUUCGCCCUUUUGACUGCCGGCCUUUCUCUCUUCCUAGCAGCCAUGAACUUGGGCGGCAAUCAGUAUGCGUGGACGAAUGCCAGGGUCCUGGUCACACUCAUCCUCGGACUAGUGAUUAUGGUCGGCUUUGCACUAUACGAAUGGAAGGGCACGACGACUGGCAUGAUACACCAUGACAUCUUCAGCCUCGGCCGUCGAUACACACGGACAUUCACGUUCCUUUGCCUGAUAUUCGCCACUGAGGCUGCUCAGCUCUUCGGCUUCAUAAUCUUCUACCCAAUCCUGACACAGGCCCUCUACGAAACCGAUCCCUUCUUGAUUAACGCCCGGACCGAGCCCUUCUGGAUCGCAGCAACGCUAAGCAGCCCGGUCUGGGCCUGGGCUAGCACCCGCUUCAGGAACAUUCGCGACCCACUGCUGGCCGGCCUGGUGAUCUAUGUGGCUGGCAACAUUGGUUUCACGACGCUGCAGCCCGGCCAGAGUCUCAAUGCCCUAAUCUUUGCAGGCAUCGGUGGAAUCGGCUUUGGUGCGCCACUUGUCGCAAUCAUCUCUGGUAUACAGCUCUCCACGCCCCACUCUUUGAUCGCGACAGCAACCGCAUUGGCGGUGUGCUCUCGAUCGAUUUUUGCCGCUGUCUUCACCGCCAUCUUCUCGGCCGUCCUCACCAAUCGGCUCCCUGGCGAACUCGCGAGCAAAGUGCCACCAGCUAUCAUCGCUGCUGGUCUGCCUCCUACUUCGGUCGAAGCAUUCAUAGCGGCCUUGACCUCAGGCGACACGGAAGCACUGCAACAGGUCGCAGGAGUGACCGCCGAAAUCAUCGGCGCGGGUGUUUUGGCCCUGCAACAGUCAUAUGCCAACGCAAUCAGGGUCAUUUUCAUCAUCGUCUCUGCCUUCGGCGCGUUGGCGGUGGUGUUCGCCGCGUUCAUCGAUGACUUGAAGAGUGGCAUGAACUAUCGCGUGGAGGCCCCGAUGGAAGUGCUUCAGGCCAAGGAUCACCAUCAUGCCGAUGACACAGUCAUGGUCAGAGACAAUUAG